CCCCCUGCCCGCCCAGAAGUGCUCAGUAUAGGGAACUGAAUGGCCCAGAGAUCACUGCUUUGCCUGACUUGCUGGGAGCCCUGAGACAAAACAAGGGCUCUGGAGGCCACGGGCAUGAUGCUUCGGGUCCUGGUGGGGGCCAUCCUCCCUGCCAUGCUGCUGGCGGCCCCCCCGCCCAUCAACAAGCUGGCACUGUUCCCGGACAAGAGCGCCUGGUGCGAAGCCAAGAACAUCACCCAGAUCGUGGGCCACAGCGGCUGUGAGGCCAAGUCCAUCCAGAACAGGGCCUGCCUAGGACAGUGCUUCAGCUACAGUGUCCCCAACACCUUCCCGCAGUCCACAGAGUCCCUGGUGCACUGUGACUCUUGCAUGCCGGCCCAGUCCAUGUGGGAGAUUGUGACCUUGGAGUGCCCCGGCCACGAGGAGGUGCCCAGGGUGGACAAGCUGGUGGAGAAGAUCCUGCACUGCAGCUGCCAGGCCUGCGGCAAGGAGCCCAGUCACGAUGGGCUGAGCGUCUACGUGCAGGGCGAGGACGGUCCGGGCUCCCAGCCUGGCGCCCACCCCCACCCCCACCCUCACCCCCACCCUGGUGGGCAGACCCCUGAGCCUGAGGACCCUCCUGGGGCCCCCCAUGCUGAGGCCGAGGGGGCUGAGGACUGAGGCUCCCCAGCCUUCCUCCCCUUUCAUCCCCCUGUGAAAUACUGGGUCACACCCCCUGGGAAGUAUAGGGGGAGAGGCUGAAGCCCCCCUUGGCACUGGAUGGACUUGGAUUUGGACCUGAACUUGGAAUGCUGCCAGUUGCCAUGGAGAUCUGAAAGGGAGGGGUUGGAGCAGGCUGCACAAUUUAAUAUAUUCAAGAGUGGGGGGAGGAAGUGGAGGUCUGGGGGCUCUUUUUUGGAGGAGGGGGUCUCUCAUCCUUUCUGCCUUCUAGAGAUAUGCUAUUGGGAAGGGAGGAAGGUGGCCACCUGCUGGCAGGGGGUAGUGAAGCCAUCUGAGACUAGGGGGCAGGUAGGAGCUAGGUGAGGGCCUUCCCUGCCCUGGUGGGCAGGCCCCCUGGAGUGAUCCUAAAGAGGGGGGGCUGGGCUAGGCAAAUCAUCUGUGUGAGCAGGAAGUUGCAGCCCCACUUCCCUGAAGGCCUCCCACCCUACUCCUUUCCCUGGGGAGUGUCUCCCCAUGGCACCAAGGUGGCCUCCCUCGGCAGAGUGGUUUGGGAGUCAGGCCCAAACAGGACCUCGCCGAGUGCUGGCACGAGAGCAGGAGCCGGGUCUCUGAGCCUUUCUUUGGCUUCCUUGGCUUUCCUGGGGUGUUGGGGGGAGGACAGAGUGGGAGGAGGAGCAGGGGG